AUGGAUAGACUAUUAACAAUUUCUAACCAUAUUGGUAAAAAUAUUAGACAAUUUUCAACAUCAACAGAAGAAGUUUUAUUUGAAAAAAAAGGAAAAUGUUUAAAAGUUUUAUUAAAUAGACCAAAAGCAUUAAAUGCAUUGAAUCCAAAUAUGGUUAAAAUUUUAACACCAAAAUAUUUAGAGAUGAAAACAAAGAAAGAUGGUGAAGGAGUUAUUGUAAUGAAAGGAGCAGGUGAGAAAGCAUUUUGUGCAGGUGGUGAUAUUAGAGCAAUUUACGAUUAUAAACAAUUGAAUGAGGAACAAAAAUCAAAAACCAAUGAUAUUGGUGACUUAUUCUUUCGUGAAGAGUACAUUUUAAAUAAUUUAAUUGGUACUAAUCCAAUAGCACAAGUUUCAAUCUACAAUGGAUUUGCAAUGGGUGGUGGUAUUGGUUUGUCAGUACACGGCAAAUUCAGAGUGGCCACAGAGAAUACAGUAUUCGCAAUGCCAGAGACCGGCAUCGGUUUCUUUUGCGACGUCGGUGGCUCCUACUUCCUCCCAAGAUUGCCAAAUAACUAUGGCAUGUAUCUAGCACUCACCGGCAGCAAACUAAAGGGUAACAAUGUUUACCUAGCCGGCGUUGCCACUCAUUUCGUUAGCAAUGAGCAUAUUCAAGCUUUGGAAAAGGAGAUAGAGGAAUGCGAGAAUCCAACCUCCCAAACCAUCAAUUCCAUCCUCACCAAGUACCAUGACAAGUCUAAAUCCACAUCCAAUGAAUACAAUGAUAAUUUGGGUGAUAUUGAAAGAAUCUUUGGUAAAAACUCUGUCAAAGAAAUCUUUGAACAAUUAGAGUUGUUGGAAAAUAGUGAAUGGGCAAAACAAACUUUAAAAACCUUGAAAUCAGUUUCACCCUCCUCUUUAAUGGUAGUAUUCGAACAAAUGAAACAAGGUGCUAAAUUACCAUCUUUAGCUAAAUGUUUGGAAAUGGAAUUCCGUAUCUCUCAACAUUUCCUUGAAAAACCAGAUUUCUUUGAAGGUGUAAGAGCUUUGUUAGUUGAUAAAGAUAAAAAUCCAAAAUGGUUACCACCAUCAAUUGAUCAAAUCGAUCAAACUCUUGUAAACUCUUAUUUUAAACCUUUAUCAAAUAAUAAGGAAUUAAAAUUUUAA